AUGCCCUCAUUUCCCCUCUCGUCGCCCUCGUUUCCCUCCCCAUCGCCCACAUUUCGCUACCUGUCGCUCACAAUUCUCUCCAUCCUCCUUUCCUCUCAUCCGCCCUUCCUCUCGUCCACCCUUCUCUCACAUCCUCUCUCCCUCUCAUCCGCCCCUCCUAUCGUCCUCAUUUCCACUCGUCCUCCCUACCCUUCUUUCGCCACGCGCCCUCAUCCGCCCUCCACCUCAUCCGCCCUCCCCCUCGUCCGCCCUCCCUCUCAUCCACCCUUCUUCUCGUCCUCCCUCCCCCUCAUCCAGCCUCCCCCUCAUCCGCCCUUCAUCUCAUCCUCCCUUCUCUCAUCCAACCUUCCUCGCAUCCCCUCUUCCUCUCAUCCUCCUUUCCUCUCAUACAACCUCCCUCUCAUCCUCCUCUCCUCUCAUCCGCCCUUCCUCUCAUCCGCCCUUCCUCUCAUCCGCCCUUCACGCUCUCAUCCUCUCUCCUUCUCAUCGUCUCUCCCUCUCAUUCGCCCUUCAUCUCGUCCUCCCCUCCACUCGUAUUCCCUCCCCUACUUCAGCCCCCCCCCCCCCCCCUCAUCCGCCAUCCCUAUCAUCCACCAUUCCUCGCGUCCACCCUUCCUCGCAUCCUCCUGCCCUGCUUCCUUCCUCGCAUCCGCCCUUCCUCUCAUCCGCCCUUCCUCCUCCUCUCCCAUCCUCUCUCCUUCUCAUACUCCCUUUCUCUCGUCCUCCCUUCCUCUCAUCCCCCCCUCCUCUCAUCCUCCUUUCCACUCAUCUCCCUUUCCUGUCAUCCUCCCAUCCCCACAUCCGCCCUUCCUCUCAUCCGCCCUUCCUCCCAUCCGCCCUUCUCUCCCAUCCUCUCUCCUUCUCAUACUCCCUUUCUCUCAUCCUCCCUUCCUCUCCCCUUCCAUUCCUCUCAUCCCCCCUUCCUCUCAUCCUCCUUCCCUCUCAUCCGCCCUUCCUCUCAUCUGCCCUUCGCGCUCUUAUCCUCUCUCCAUCUCAUCAUCUCUCCCUCUCUUCCUCCUUUCCCUCGUCCACCCUUCUUCUCGUCCUCCCUCUCCCUCAUCCGUCCUCCCCCUCAUCCGCCCUUCAUCUCAUCCUCCCUUCCCCUCAUCCGCGCGGCCUCUCAUCCAACCUCCCUCUCACCCCCCCUUCCUCUCAUCCUCCCACAUCCGCCCUUCAUCUCAUCCUCUGUUCCCCUCGUCCUCCCUUCCUCUCAUCCCCCCCUCCUCUCAUCCUCCUUUCCUCUCAUCUUCCUUUCCUAUCAUCCUCCCAUCCCCACAUCCGCACUUCCUCUCAUCCGCCCUUCCUCUCAUCCGCCCUUCUCUCCCAUCCUCUCUCCUUUUUAUACUCCCUUUCUCUCAUCCUCCCUUCCUCUCCCCUUCCAUUCCUCUCAUCCCCCCUUCCUCUCAUCCCCACUUCCUCUCAUCCGCCCUUCCUCUCAUCUGCCCUUCUCUCCCAUCCUCUCUCCUUUUUAUACUCCCUUUCUCUCAUCCUCCCUUCCUCUCCCCUUCCAUUCCUCUCAUCCCCCCUUCCUCUCAUCCUCCUUUCCUCUCAUCCGCCCUUCCUCUCAUCCGCCCUUCACUCUCUCAUCCUCUCUCCCCUACUCCCCCCCCCCCCCCCCCCCCCCUCAUCCGCCCUCCCUAUCAUCCACCCUUCCUCUUGUCCACCCGUCUUCUCGUCCUCCCACCCCCUCAUCCGCCCUUCAUCUCAUCCUCCCUUCCCCACAUCCGCCCUUCAUCUCACCCUCCCUUCCCCACAUCCGCCCUUCAUCUCAUCCUCCCUUCCCCACAUCCUCCCUUCCCCACAUCCGCCCCAAGAGACUUAAUCCUUCAGCCCGCUCCCAAUUUUUGGUUCCGCCACAGUUCCCCUCCCUUGCCUAUCCCAUCCUCUCUCCUGUCCCACAUUCCUAUCCCCCCCUGCAUGUCACCCAACGGAGAGCAUGCUGCAUAUCUGUGA